UCCAUAACGUUACUACGAUCAUGACGUGUGUGAAGAACGACAGUUCUUGUGACUUCUGAACAGAAUCGAAGAUCGUAAGCCAAAGCCAAAGCCCUCGAAGGCGGAUUAGUUGUUACAAUCGUGGAUCGCGAUCGCGGAGAGUAACAGAGCUCAGUGCUCACAGAGCUGUAUGCUGUAUGCUGUAUGCUGUAUAGUGUAUUGUUGGCAUUCCAUUCUUCUCGUAUUUGUCAGAACUGCUAGUCGACUUGUGUCGCGCUUCUAAUUACAUACUUUUUAUUCAUUUAUCGUUCUAUUAUUUUAUAAUUAUUUCAUUUUUUACAUACGCCUCUAAUACCUACGUGUGCGCAUACCUACGAUAUCUGUACCGCGUAUUCAUUAUUAUACCUACCUGACGAUUGACACAAAUACCCACAUCGAUUUUCGCGUGUGUGUGUGUGUGUGUGCGUGUUUUUUUUACACCAGUUCAUAUGUUUUUUAAUGCCUAUUUUGUGUGGUGUUCGCGUUUUAUUUUAUAUCACCAAUUUCGAAAAAUUGCCUACAUUAGAAGAAUCGCUUAUUGAUCUCGAGCCACUGAUCUGUCCACUGUGGUGAUUACUUACGCUUGAUCAAAUUUUCCGACUUCUUACUUCUUCAGCUGCGAAACUUUCAAGAUUACAGAACGAUCUACAUACCAAUCAGUUACCUCGCCAGAACGGAUCGUUUAUUCAAGUGGAGUUUUUUUUACCGACCUCCGUUGACCAGCAUAAGUAAAUCAAUGAUUAGAAAAAUCAUCCUUCGGUGUGUGUAAUAUGACUGUAUCUUACUCUCGUCUAGUAGCCAAUGGGAGCAGUUUUGGAUGCUUUUGGAGCAUUUUACGCAAAUGGAAAGGCAGCGUCUACAAAUUGGUAUGGAGAGAAUUGAUUGUUUAUAUGUUUCUUUAUUUCGCAAUCAAUGUUACGUACCGAUAUAUGCUUACCGAUCCGCAACAAAAAAUUUUCGAACAAAUCCGAGCAUAUUUCAGAGGAAAAAGCCAGAAUAUACCAAUGUCUUUCGUAUUAGGUUUCUACGUAACGUUAGUAGUCAAACGAUGGUGGGAACAGUACAGACUAUUACCAUGGCCGGACACUCUUGCCCUGUUCGUCAGUGCAGCCAUACCUGGUGCAGACGAAAGAGGACGAUUAAUGAGAAGAACAAUAGUCCGGUACGCGGUUUUGGCGUACAUAAUCACGCUAAAGCACGUAAGCGUUCGGGUUAAAAAGCGUUUUCCCACUUUACAGCAUAUCGUAGAUGCCGGUUUUUUGAUGGAAAGUGAGAAAAAAAUCUUCGAAAUGUUGGAAGUGAAGACGCCAAUGACCAAGUACUGGUUACCUUUGACGUGGGCCACCAAUAUAAUAAAUAGAGCUAGAAAAGAGUUACUAAUUACCAACGAUCAUAUGGUGCAAACCAUAUUACUGGAGAUGUCAGAUAUGAGAGGCAGACUGGGCUCUUUGAUUGGUUACGAUACCGUUAAUAUACCUAUCGUGUACACUCAGGUAGUCACAUUAUCUGUCUACACGUACUUUUUAGCCGCUUUAAUAGGAGCUCAAAUGAUACCGCUUAAACCGGAGGAUGAACUGAAUAAAAAAGCGGACGAUAUUGAUUUAUUUUUUCCAGUCAUUACAGUCCUAGAGUUUGGUUUCUAUAUUGGAUGGCUUAAAGUGGCCGAGGUACUGAUUGGGCCUUUUGGAGAAGAUGACGACGACAUAGAACUCAAUUGGUUGAUUGAUAGGCAUAUCAAGGCUGCGUAUAUGAUUGUGGAUGAAAUGCACGAAGAACAUCCUGAAUUGUUGAAAGAUCAAUAUUGGGACGAAGUUGUGCCGAAAGAUUUACCCUACACUGUGGGGUCCGAACACUACAGAAGAGAAGAGCCGAAAGGUUCAGCUGAAUUUUACAAAGUGAAAGAAUCCGAUGCCUUAUAUGCGAACAUCUCUAACAGAAGAAAAUCGGUUAUUCCUGACGACGUUUAUGCUGAUUACGAAAGCGUCGACACGCCAGUGGUGGAAAGAAGAAAAAACUGGUUUCAAAGGCAACUGACGCGAAUGGGUUCGGUCAGAUCGUCAUCAACGACUUAUUCUUCCGGUGGCCUUUUCAGACAAGGACGUCAUAAUUCUAUGUAUUCGAGCGCCGACGGUACCACACUACCUACCAACAGCACUCUCGUCUCCGGUGCCAACAAUUCCAACAAUACCACCUACGCUUCAACCGUUUCUAUUCCAACGAAUUCGUAUUCUAAUCAUAAAAAAGGGUUCUACGACCGUUUGGUAGGACGUAGAUCAACCCAAGUAGGAGGCAAGUUACGUCAAGGAUUUGCUAAAAUAAACGGCUCCGUUAACACAAAUUUAAGAAAUAGGCCACGAAUACCAACCCCCGAUGUGUCCAAAGAACCAAUUGAUAAUAAAUUCGGUCAAAAUUUAUUACACGUUAAUCAGUCGUCGAUUCCAACAUCUGCGAGUGAUUUUAGCAACGAAAUUCCUGUAGUACAGGUGGUUUUGUCGCCGAUUAAAGAAAUAGAAGGAUUAUCCACCAAUGGAAGCGUAUCAGUUACCACUAACAGCGGAGUUGCAGCAUUAGCGAAGAAUUCCCUAUCUCCAACACUGAAGGCAGUCGGUUUAAACAACGUGCCCAUAACUAUGGCUGUGAAUCCGGUCACACUAGGCCCCAUACCAUUAACGCAGUCGUUAUUUUCGGCUGCUUUGUCGCCCAAUGUCACUCAAACCAGUAACUCGGUCGUGUUGACCGAUGUUACUCAUAUACCCUCCGAAAAAGAGGAUAACUCGCUGGAGAACAACUCAAAUCUUAGCGUAUCCAGUUCGGAAGAUAAAUCUCGUAAAGUUAGCUCAUCGUCGCCUCCGAAACGAGGCGAAGUCUACGUUUAAUCAAAUUUUACACCCGAUUAGUAAAUUCAUAAUGUAGAAAAAAAAACAAAUGCAUUUUUCGCAAAACGAUCAUUCUCCAUUUAGAAUAUUGUUUUUCUUCUUCGUAUGUAAAAAAGAAGAUGACAGAAAUGAGCGCGUUUGAACGAAUGAAUGAAUGUAGGUGAGUUGUAGAGUGGCAUAGGUUAGGAACCAGUGCGAAGGUAAUUAGGUAUGUAUUGUGUGCUUUCCGUUCUUCGUACCAUUGCAAAUAUUUACCAUUAUUUUAAAGUAUUGUGCAAGCUAGCGAUGCGAUGGUACGAUCGCACAAACGGAUGAACCAACUGUCACUUUUAUUCUUCGAGUACCAGAACUUCAUCUGAAAUACCAAAAUGGGCUAUUUUCUUCAACGCAUACUUAUGUACCUAAUAAGUAGAUACGAUGGUUUCUUUUUUAAAUAUUUGAGCUGUGAAAUGCGGUGCAUCGCUCAAGAACUGUGUAUAAACGUGUAGAAGGCUGUGAGUCACUUUUUGUUAUUCUAGGUAUUAUUUGAUAGUUUAAAAAAAUUAACGAUACUAUGUAACUAUACGUAGAAUACGCAGUGUGUAUGAUAAUUCAAGAUGACUUUUAUAUAUUCAAUGUAGUAAGAAUGUUACUCGUAUGUAUUUUCGAGGUCAAUUAAGAAAAACUCGAAAUGAAUUUCAAAGAAAUUAUACCGUCUCAUCAUUGUAAAUAAAUUUAGUGAUAUUGAAAUGUA